AUCCCCCCAAUCAUAGAGAGAUAAAAGAGAGAGACACAAAAACACAGAAGAGAAAAAGGGCAAAAAAGGAGACAGAGCAUAGUGCAAUGGGGAGGUCUCCUUGCUGCGACGAAAGUGGACUGAAGAAAGGUCCAUGGACCCCUGAGGAAGAUCAGAAGCUCAUCAACCACAUCCAGAAGCAUGGCCAUGGCAGCUGGAGAGCUCUCCCCAAGCUUGCCGGUCUCAACAGGUGUGGCAAGAGUUGCAGACUCAGAUGGACCAACUAUCUGAGGCCUGACAUCAAGAGAGGAAAAUUUUCCCCUGAAGAAGAGCAAACCAUCCUCAAUCUCCACUCUAUUCUUGGCAACAAGUGGUCAGCUAUUGCAAGUCACCUACCGGGUCGGACGGAUAACGAAAUAAAGAACUUCUGGAACACCCACCUCAAGAAGAAGCUGAUCCAGAUGGGGUUCGACCCGAUGACCCACCGGCCUCGAACCGACAUAUUCUCAAGCCUCCCUCACCUCCUCGCCCUGGUCAACUUGAAGGAGCUCAUCGACCACCACUCGCUCGAGGAGCAGGCGAGGCUCCAAGCCGAGGCCAUCGCCAAGUUCCAAUACCUCCAUUACCUUCUUCAGCCACCCACACCAGCAGUCUCUCUCGCUCGCGCCACCUCAAACAACGUCUUCACAGAUGAUGUGGAGGCCAUGAAGCUCUUGCAUGCUCUUGCCUCAAUCAAAGAGAACCAAAUAAUGACCUCAUCAUCAUCACCAUCACCUUCUCAGUUAGAAGCAACCGCUCACUCACUGUUUGGGAAUGCUCCAGUUAGUCCUGUCCAUGAUAAUUAUCCUUUUGCCCACUUGCCUGAGCUACAAAACCCAUGCAGCUUCCAGACAGACCUGAGCAAGGACCAUCAUAACAGCAAUAACAAUAACCCUAUGGUCCAAGCUAGCGAGUUCACAAUUUUCAGUCAAGGAGAGAACUCACCAAAUUCUCCUUGGCUUCCUUCUUCUUCGACGCCGUCUCCUCCCGCCGAGACUUCUUUCACCAACACUUUCAUCGGCGACGGCGGGGCUGUCCCACCCAUCUGGCCAGACCACCUCCUCGACGAUUUCAAUUUUUCGUGAGACUGUGUAAUUAGAUCUUUAGAUACAUGUCAUGCGUUUGUAUGAUAAAUGUCUUAGUACAGUGUUUCACAUCCUGAUUAAGUAUACUACAGCGUAUAUUACUAAAUAAAAACUCAUUUCCAUGA